AUGCCGCCGCCUUUCUCUUUCACCAUUCUCGUUCUCUCUUUCCUCUCCCUCCUCACCGCCACCGCCACCGCCACCACCACCAUUGGCGUCGUCUACACCCCCUCCAACUUCCCUACCCCCGAACGCGUCGCCUCCACUCUCACCUCCCUCCGCAUCCCCUCCGUCCACAUCCUCCACCCCACUCCCGCCGCCAUCCGGGCCUUCGCCUACUCCAACAUCUCCCUCAUCCUCUCCGUCCCUAACUCCCUCCUCCCCUCCUUCGCCGCCAACGUCUCCUUCGCCUCCGAAUGGCUCUUCUACCACGUCCUCCCUUUCCACCCCCGCGCCCACAUCUCCCUCAUCUCCGUCGGAACGGACGUCGUCUCUUCUUCCUCCAUCUUAGCCCCUACUUCCGACCCCUCCACCUUCCUCCUCCCCGCCAUGCGCAACCUCCACCUCUCCCUCCUCGACCUCGGCAUCAAGACCAUCUCCGUCUCCACCUCCUUCUCCUUCAUCAACACCGUCUCCCAAGCCUUCCCCCCCUCUUCCGCCGAAUUCCACCCAGCUAUCAACCCCCUCCUCGUCAAGCCCAUCCUUCAGUUCUUGGCCGAAACCAACUCCUCUCUCCUCAUCGAUCUCUACCCUUACACCGUCUACAAGGUCCAACCCGCAAUCCCGCUUGGCUUCGCUCUCUUCCGGGAAGAUCCCUUCAACUUCCGGGAUGACCCCAUCACCGCGGCCCGGUACCGGAACCUGUUCGACGUGAUGGUGGACGCGGUCGUCACGGCAUUGGCCAUCACGGGGCAUGAGAACAUGAAGCUGAUCCUCUCCCAGACAGGGUGGCCGUCUUCCUCCUCCGGCGAAAAUGAGGAGGCCACUCCCGCCUACGCUCAGAUGUAUCUGAAGGGGUUGAUAUCGCAUUUGAAGAGUGGGCUGGGGACUCCGCUGAAGAAAGAUGGGGUGGCUGAAGUUUACAUAUAUGAGUUGUUCGAUGGUGAUGAUGAGGAAGCAAAUAACCCUAUGGAGAUGGUGAAUAACAGCAGUGCUAGCAGCAGUACAAGUGAUAGAGCAGAUGACCAGCACCAGCGUUGGGGGAUUCUGUACCCUAACAUGACUAUGAAAUUCAAUCUUGACUUCUCAGGUUCAGAGAAACUUUCUGCGAUGCCUGCUGCAUGGUUGGUGGAGCUUGCUCUGGGGAUCAUUUCCCAUGUAGUAGUAUAUUUUUUGCUGCUCUAG